AUGUCGGGGAAAAGUGUAAUGAACAAAUUUGUUAUAAGGAAUAUAGCCCAGCGACUCGUACAUUGCAUGUACGUGUGUGUUUUCUAUCUGAUACUGCUAUGCAUGCUGGAUACGGCCGGCAUAGGGGCGGAUAAGAUGCCGCAGGAAGACAUUUCCGUCGUGACCGAGGUGGAUGAGCUAUCUCCGGAUGGAAGCAGCAGUGCACCGACCGCAGGCAAGGGACUGCUUUCGUCCGACAUUGGGUUUGUGCACGCUUUUGCUGCCUCGUUCAUGGUGAUUAUCGUGUCCGAGCUUGGCGAUAAAACGUUCUUCAUCGCGGCCAUCAUGGCCAUGCGGCAUCCGCGCUUAACCGUGUUUGCCGGUGCGAUCACCGCACUUGCCCUGAUGACCGUGCUAUCGGUGGUGUUCGGCAUAUUGGCCACGAUCAUACCGCGCGUCUAUACCUUCUACAUCUCGACCGCGCUGUUUGCCCUGUUCGGGUUUAAGAUGCUGUACGAUGGAUACCACAUGUCAGCGACCGAAGCGGCCGAAGAGCUCGAAGAGGUGCAAUCAGAUCUGAGAAAACGGGAAGAUGAGCUCGCCCGUUCCAUGAGCGGAGGCCGCAAGGAAACGGUCGAACUCGUCCCGCUGAGCGAUACGGAGGACCAGCGGACGAAACAUUCUGGCAUCUUGCCCCGUCGACACGGUCCCAACAAUGGCUCGUUCCAUUCGCUGGCCGAACAGCAGCAGAGCCACACAACGUCUUCCGGUGCGACGCUUCGCCUGUCCGCGUCCGCCACCCAACUGACCGCGGAAGGUCUUCAACAGCAAACACCCGUAGGAUCUCGCAGUAAAUCUGGAAUCUCAUCGGAGCAUGGUCCCAACGAUGGGACGUCUUCCGUCGACAUCGCCGCAGAGAGUGGCCAAGAUGGAGGAGGAGAAGGAGGAGGAGGAGGUGAAAGUUCCGCACCCAACGGUGGUGGAACAGUGCUGGAAUCUUCCCGCAGCAAACUGCUACUGCUGGACGUGGACGGUGGCGGUGAACGUGGCGCGCAGAGACACCGGUUGCGAACCGCGACCGGCAGCAUUCACUCGAACGGAUCGGUUCAUCUGAUCGCCGGCGCCGGCGCCGGUGUACAAGAUGCGCAUCCCGCCAGCAUCACCACGACGGUGGCUGGUUCGACAAUGGCCAACGGUGCAGCAAAUCAGCACAAAAUGCACGAACGUGAAAUCAGUACCGGUGGCAAUCUGAUGGGCCAGGAUGCGGAGACGGGCGGCAGCACCAGCCGGCGAGGGACGGGUCGUGGACGGAACAACAGCGCGCUCAAGAUGCUGUUGCGUAUCUUCAUGCAGGCGUUUACGAUGACGUUCGUGGCAGAAUGGGGCGACCGGUCCCAGCUGACCACCGUGAUAUUGAGUGCGCGCGAAAACGUUUACGGUGUGAUUGCGGGCGGUAUUAUCGGACACUCGAUCUGCACCGGACUGGCUGUGAUCGGUGGGCGCAUGAUCGCCCAACGAAUUUCCGUCCGAACUGUAACCCUCAUCGGUGGUGUUGUGUUCCUGCUGUUUGCCCUUAGCGCACUGCUAUUCGGUCCGGGCGAAGAAGAACCCGUGAAGGUGCCUAUUCCAUAA